CUUUCUCCACCCUGCGGCUUCCCUCUUCUUUACUCUCCAGCUCGACCCCCUCCCCCCGCCCCCUAGCCGGAACGUUCUGGUUCCCGGGCCAGCGACCGGGUCGGAGUCGGGGCGCGUCGCGCUGUUGGCGCCGUUCAGGCACCUGCGCUGUGCGGACGUGCGGGGCUGGGCUGGGUUGAGCUCGGACUUUAGGUCUGAGCCUUGAAGCGGCGGGCGGCAUGGCGGCGGCGGCCGAGCUCGGGAGCUCUGGCCAGCAGCAGCCGCCCGGCCAGGGGCAGCCCCCGCAGCAGCCACCAGCGGCGCCCCCGGGUAACGGCGGAGGCGGGAGCAGCAGCCGCCACGAGAAAAGCCUAGGGCUGCUCACCACCAAGUUCGUGUCGCUGCUGCAGGAGGCCAAGGACGGGGUCCUGGAUCUCAAGGCGGCUGCAGAUACUUUGGCUGUCAGGCAGAAAAGAAGAAUUUAUGAUAUUACCAAUGUUUUGGAAGGAAUUGAUUUAAUUGAAAAAAAGUCCAAAAAUAGCAUCCAGUGGAAAGGUGUAGGUGCUGGAUGUAAUACAAAGGAAGUUAUUGAUAGACUGAGAUACCUCAAAGCAGAAAUUGAGGAUCUGGAGCUAAAAGAAAGAGAACUUGAUCAACAGAAAUUAUGGCUACAACAGAGCAUCAAAAAUGUAAUGGAUGAUUCCAUUAACAACAGAUUUUCUUAUGUUACUCAUGAAGAUAUUUGUAAUUCUUUUAAUGGGGAUACACUUCUUGCAAUUAGAGCACCUUCUGGUACACAGCUGGAGGUACCUAUUCCUGAAAUGGGCCAGAAUGGACAAAAGAAAUACCAGAUCAAUUUAAAGAGUCACACAGGACCUAUCCACGUAUUGCUCAUUAAUAAAGAUUCCAGUUCCUCUAAGCCAGUGGUUUUUCCUGUUCCUCCACCUGAUGACCUCACACAACCUCCUUCUCAAGUCUCAACUCCAGUGUCGCCACAGAAACCUAAUACAGAGACCCAGAAUUUGCCUGAACAACACACCCUUACCAUAGGUCAACAUCUUCAGCAGACACCAGUUUCAGACACACCCUCAGACUAUAACUCACAGCAGGGCAGUACAGCUCCGUCAGCACCCCAUUCCAGCCAUCCUGACUCAGUGCUGUAUACCAGUCUUGCAAUAGAUGUAACACAGACAUCCACUAACUCAAAUGAAUAUCCCUCCCUGCUUCCUUUGGAUGUUAAUUGUAUUCUCAAACCAAACUCUUUGAUAUAGCAAAGACGGAUGAACCUGGAGGUAAGAAUCCAUCCAUUAUAUUUAUUCCUCCCCCCCAUUAUUCUUAUGUCUGAACAGGACAAAGGAACAGCCAAUUCUUCAGUUUUGCAUAAUGGGAAAGGAGAUCCAUGAUAGAAAUAUGUAGGUAAUUUUAGUUUAUUUAUUAGCUUCUAUCUCCACCAGAGAAACUUUUUUCUAGAACUAAGUAAUUAGUGUUGCUGCUUGCUAUUUGAAUAUGACCUUUUCUUACUUCCCAGGCUACCAUCUAGUUGGAGUGGUUAAGCUCAAUGAAAGGAUGUUUUUGUAUAAAGAAUACUGCAUACUGCUACUAUUAUAGGCAGGCAAGGAAAUGAAGGAGAAAAGGGGAAAAGGUGGUAGAAAUCUGUAAACCAGGUCUAAUUAGUUCUAGAAGUAUGUUAGGGAAACUCCUAAGAAUGGAAAAAACUACUUGAAGGUAAAGAGACCCUAACAAGUCAGGAAAGUACAAUGAGCGACAUUCUAAAAAACAGAAUUAGGUUUAUCUACAUAUCUCCAAAAGUGGAACUAUUCAGUAAUUCCUUACUUCAUGUUUUCAAUGUAGUUUUAAGUUUUUCUUCCUAUGGAGAUGCCAUGGAUGUUAAUGAGAAGAGGAUUUUGCAUCUUGAAAUAUCUCAUUCAACUAUGUUAAAAUGCAUAAAGGAGUAACUUGAUUUAUUGACAUUUUAAUUCUUUAGUACCUUUUAUUGUUAGUGUUACUUGCAUGAUUAAUCUGGACUUAAGUGAAAUAGAAUUAUUAUUUUAAGAACUGAAAGUACCAGCUAAGUUCACAGGUAUAAAAUAGUAUUCUACUCUAAUUUCCAUUUCAUCUAGAACCCUAAUCUUUAUUAUCCUCAAACUAUUGAUUUCUCAAAAUAGCUUCUCCCAAUUUUCAGUUUAUUAUCAGCAAAGUUAUAGUGUUAUCUUAAAAAUGACUUUUUGGACAUAAAUAUGUAUGUUUUCCAAUGAAAUAUGUAUCAUAAAAUUAGAAGUAAAAUUUUGGGGAAUGGAAAAACUACAAUUUAACCCAUAUAUAAUGAAAUACUCUUCCAUCGUGUAAAAUAAAUUUGAUUUUCCUCAAGUAGACUUCUCUCUUUAAGCCUGGGUCUAUCUUACCUUUUGAGCCCAUUCUGCUACUUACUGGCAUACAAGCUUGGACUUGCUCUUUUCAACCAGGUCUAGUUUAUUCCUACUUGAGCAGCCUCAUUUCCUUACCCUCACUCCUCAACAUACCCAAUAUGCUUAGCCCACUGCAGCUCAGAGCUUCCCAGUUCUGUCUUCCUCAGUAGCACGGAUGACAAGAAUGCACAAUUGUAACCAACUCGAGUGGAAUGUUCUUGAAGAGAGGGCCAGCUAACACUUUUCUCUUCUCACAGUUCUAGUAUUUGAACCUGCCAUAAUAAUGGAGUUGCUGUUUUGACUAUCUGUUAUUAUCAAUAACCAUCUUUCAUUGUCAUUGGAUAUUCAGUGAAAUAUAACAAAGUAAAAUAUGUUUUUGUUUGACAGGAUCUAUUAGUGGUGAUAUCAUUGAUGAAUUAAUGUCUUCAGAUGGUAAGUAGCUCAAACUCAUUUCUGCUAAAUUGUCAAUCUUCCAAUAGAUCUACAGAAGUGAACUAUUCCAAAAAUUCUGUGAAUUAUUGACAGAGAGAAAAUUUGGCAAGAAUACUGGAGGAAGUUAUUAGGGAGAGUAAUUGUCAUUCUGUGAAGGACAUUUCUCAUAUUUGCUGACCUACUACCAAUAUUAUGUAUUGGUUCCAAGGCAGAAGAGUUAGGAAAGGCUAGGCAGUGGGGGUUAAGUGACUUGUCCAGACAAUAUAUGAGGUCAAAUUUGAACUCUGGACCUGGCUCUCAAUCCACUGAGCCAACCCACUGUCCCUGACCUAACUCUUAUUUGCUGACCAUAUAUGUAAAACUAUAGAAGAGCUGGAGGAAAAGCAAUAGUAUGAGUCAAUGAAAUUACUGGAUAAUUUGAAACACAGGUGAAUAAUUCCUUCCUAAGCUUGGUCUAGAGCAACGUUGGUGAACCUUUUAGAGAUUGGGUGCCCAAACUGCACCUUCAAGCUGCCUCUCCCCCAAGAACGAGGGAAGUGCUUGUAUUUGGCUACUGGACAGGACAUGUGAAAAACAUGGUGGGGAAAUGUUUUCUAAACUUUUAAGUACUAUGAAAGCUUGAACUAAUCUUGUGUUGUGUAUUCACAUUUUGCCCUAACAUACUGAAAUUCUUGCUCUCCUUAAAUCUGAAUUUGUUCUUCUUACAGUGUUUCCUCUGUUACGGCUUUCUCCUACUCCUGCUGAUGACUACAACUUUAACCUGGAUGAGAAUGAAGGCGUAUGCGAUCUCUUUGAUGUACAGAUACUAAAUUAUUAGAUUCCGUGAGAACUAUUUGGCCUGUUAUCUACCUCUUAACUAUAUAACACCCUAAACUUCUUUAUAACCUAAGUAUUUAAAAUAAUGAAUGUAACAACUUUUUUAGUUCACUGACUCUGGGAAUAUUCUUCCUUUUCUUUAUUUACUUCACAAAACUACCCAAAAGAGCAAAAGGGAUUUGAUCUCUUCAGGGCAAAAAGUGACUUUGUGAGCUUGAUUUCCCCCCACCCCCCAGAACAAAACUAUAGUCACAGAAUUGGGUGGGUGGGAAUAUUAUUAUGAUGAUGGUCAUUCCAAAACCCUCAUCUUAUUUUCCCUUGUGUGGAAAGCAAGUUUAAUAUUUAAAAGCAGCAUUUUUGGGUCAUUACAAAAUAAAUGACCUAGGACUUAUCACUUAAAAUAUCAUUUUAUACCAUUACUGCCACCACCCGUCCAUUUUUUUUCCUUGUCCUUCUAGUUUAAUCAGUUUUUCACUGCCAUUUGCAAAAUGAAGGAUAUAAACUGAUACAUUGAAUUGUUUCAGUGAACAAAUUUUGUGAAGUGCCUUCUGUUUUAGCACUUUAAGUUUUUCAUGUUUUGUUGACUUCUUGACAUUCCACUUUCCUAAAUUUUAGGAAAGCUCUUUCUAAGUAGUUUGCAUUAAAAUGUGCCAAUGCCUGUACAUUAACAAGAUUUUUUAAAAAAUAAAAUUGUACAAACAUCA